AUGGCCGCGCUCGGCAGCCCGUCGUGCUACAGCCGGCUGGAGACGCUCAUCGCGAAGGUGAUCUUCCUCGCGACGGGCGUGUGGUGGGGCGUGGGCGUCCAGCUCAUGGUCUACGCCGGGAUCGCCGCGGAGCCGUCGGCGCUGCUGCCGAAUUUCACCUGGUACGCGUCCAUGCUCCUGGGCCUGCUGCUCAGCGAGCGGUUCGUGCGCGUGUCCUGCUGCGACGGCGCCGAGGAGCCCGCGGGCUGCGGCGUGUCGCUGGGCUGCCUGCUGCCGCGCGGCCGCGCGGCGGCCGCUGCGGCCAAGGCGCGGCGGUGCGCGUGGUGGCGCCUGCCGCCGGCGCGCGGCCUCGUCGGCGACCGGGACCUCGUCGCCGCGGCGCUCUGCGACUACUUUGGCACCGUCGCGACGGCGAUGGGCCUCACGCUCGCGGGCUCGGGCAUCUUCGGCAUCAUCUACUCGUCCGUGAGCUGCUGGGCGGCGCUGUUCUCCUACUGCAUCCUGGGCCGGCGGCUCGUGCCCCUCCAGGUGCUGGGCAUGGCCGUCGUCGUCGCGGGUUUGGUCGUGUCGUCGCUCGAGAACGACUUCGCGUCCGACGGCGGCCGCCGCGUCGCCGCCGGGUCCGUGGCCAUCGCCGUGGGCACCGUCGCCUACGGCCUCGAGUACGCGCUCUGCGAGCGCUUGUUGAGCGCGUCGGACGCCGCCGGCGAAAAGCCCGUGGCGUCGGCGACGGACGAGCGCGACGCCGCGGAGCCGCGGCGGGCCUCGGGCAACGAGGCCAUCGUCGAGAUGAUGUACUACAUGGGGCUCUGGGGCCUCGGGCUCUCCGCGCUCUACACGGCCGUCGUCGUCGCGCCGCGCUGGGACUACCUCGUCGCGGCGCCCGUCCGCGUCUCCGGCGCGACGCCGCGGUACCUGACGGCGCUCGUCGUGUCCCACACGUUCUCGAACUGGCUCCACAACCUGUCCUGGUUCAUCAUCUGCGACCGCGAGGGCUCCGUCGCCACGGGCCUGCUCCAGGGCCUCAAGGCCGUGCUCCUCUUCGGCGGCUCGUCCUUGGCCUUCUGCGACCGCCAGGAGUCGCAGUGCAUGACGCGGCCCAAGGUCCUCGCCACGGCCAUUGUCGUCGCGGGCACGGCCAUCUACUACCUCGCGCCGACGACGUCGCCCGCGGACCUCGCCGCGGCGCGCGACGCGGGCAAGGGCGCGGAGCACACGACGGCCUACGAGCUCGUCGCCAAGCCCCCGACGGGCGGCGCGUCGGACCUCGAGCUCGAGGACGACGACGAGCUCGAGGGGGACUGGAACUAA